AUGGUCUUCACCCGAUCGCAAUGUCACCCAGAGCUGAUAGCCAAGGUGGCCGAGAAUAGCAUUUCCGGAUACAUCAUCCCUAUCCUAUCUGCGUUGUUUCCUCUAAAUUACCCGUAUUCUGUCGUAGUCCCUACAUCCUUACAAAGGGAUAUUGUUCUUCCAGAAAGCCGGCACUUCAACUCAGGACUGGUCACGGCAACAGUCAAGAUCACACAGUAUAUAAGCAGACUACGUGAGUCAGUUGAACUGGUUGCGUUGGGCUACAUACUUGGAUGGCAUGUCGGAGAUGGUGAUUUAGCGAUUUGGAUGAUGGCCCCAGGAAAGUUCGUAAUACACCUACGGAAGACUCAGCAUGAGCCCAAGUUGUAG